AUGGCGGCGCGGAAGGCCUUCGGCGUGGACGAGUCGGCGCUCGGCGCUGGAAAGCAAGUGGCCGUCGAGGAGCCCGCCGCCCAGGCCAAAGACGAGUCUGAGGCCGAGCUCGGCGCGGAGGGGAAGGUUCUGUCCGAGGCCGAGGGGAAGGCAGAGGUGGAGGCCAAGGAGAAGGCCGAGGUCGAGGCCAAGGAGAAGGCAGAGGCCGAGGCGAAGGAGAAGAAGGCCGAGGUCGAGGCCAAGGCGAGGCUCAGCAAGGCGGAGCGCGAGGCCCGGCGGAAGAGGCGGAACGCCGCGAAGAAGGCCGAGCGUGAGGCCAGGGAGAGGAGCGAGAAGGAGCAGAAGCAGGCCGAGCUUCCCGCUCCUCCCGUGCAGAUGCGCAGCAGUGCAAGUACGCAGGCCAGCCUCGAGGAGUCCACCGACGGGCGAAAGGAUGAGGCCGAGCUUCGUGCCCAAGAGGCUGCCGAGGAGGAGGCCGAGCACGCGCAAAUGGUUGAAUUUGAUGCCAAUAAGGAGAAGGCCGAGCUCGAGGCCAAGGAGAAGGCCGAGCUCGAGGCCAAGGUGAAGGCCGAGCUCGAGGCCAAGGAGAAGGCCGAGCUCGAGGCCAAGGAGAAGGCCGAGCUCGAGGCCAAGAAGAAGACUGAAGCGCCAGCGCAGAAGGAGAAGCUCAGCAAGGAGGAGCGCGAUGCCAGGCGGAGGGAGCGGAACGCCCAGAAGAAGGCGGAGCGCGAGGCCCAGGAGAGAGCCAGCGGCGUUGCGAAGGCGGAGCCGCAAGCGGCGCUCGACGCCGAGAUGAGGGUGCAUGUUCCUUCGCCGAGGGCGGCCGGGUGCUAUCUACGCCUGCACGACGGGUGCCCGCUGCAUCCCAUCUCCUCGCAGGCCUGGCACCGCGUGCUCGCCGCGAAGGACUUCCACGAGUGCGAGGUGGCCAAGAUCUCCAUGGACAGCUUCUGCGGCCACGACAAGACGUCCUUCUACUACAUCCCAGGCGAGGUCAGCAUGAGCCCUGACGAGCCAGGCAUCGACACGUCGCGCCUGUGGACAGUGACGGCCAAGGACUUGGCUGCGGCGGACGCGGCGUCCAUCGCAAGGGCCACCGGGGCCGCGGUCGCGACAACCGCGGAGCUGCUGAACGCGGUGGAGAUCGCGACCAGCACGAUGGCGCCCGAGGAUGCGGCCUCGAUGGCGAGCACCACCGCGGGGCCGCCGCCGGAGCAGGCGAGCGCCUCGGGGGCCGCGGCGCAGCCGCUCGCCGGGGAGCAGGAGUGCCGGAACGCGGCCCAGGGCGAGUGGUGCUACCGCGCUGUGAAGUACGCCAUGGAGAGCGGCAUCGGCACGCAUCCGGAGCGGUACCCGGGCCUCACCAAGGACUCGCCCUUCGCGGACUUCCAGACGUACUUCCACAAGUACGGACAGGCCUCCUGCCAGAAGCCCUGCCCUUUCGAGGCGACUGCUGUGGAGGCGGCGACGACGCAGCUGGUGUCGCCGGGUGGUGUCAUGACCAGUCCCAUGCCCAGCAACCGGGAAGUUCCAUUCCAGACCAUCACGACGACGGCCCCCUUCCUCGUGGACAGAGUUGUCGCCGACGACGCGGCAGGUGGGAGCUCCACGGAGAUCAGGGAGAGCCUGCUCGGAGGGCGCCGCGGCAGCAACGCAGACGGCCCAGCCACAGGCAAACCACAGGAGGACGACUCCGCCCUGUGGCUGGAUGCACUGAUACAGCCCCAGACGGGAACCGAGGACAGCUCGGGCGCCGCCAAAGACAAGCUGCAACAGAAUGCGUCGGACGGCUCGACUACAGCGGAUGCUGCGGACGGUUCGGCUUCCACAGAGGGCUUGCACUGGGAUCUCGGGAAUUCGACGGACAGUCCGGCCGCCACUCAGGACUCGACCGCCGCAGAGCAGCCAGAGACCGCAUCCGAGGGCAUUCACUGGGACCUCGGGGACGCGGCCACCGACGUGGUGGGCAACUCGGCCCCCAUGGAGAGCUCCACCGACGAGACGCAGCCCGAGAAGGAGACGUCUGACGACUCUGCCGUGUGGCUGGACGCGGUGGAGAAGCCAGAGCAGGGUGCCGCGGACGGCUCCGCUGCCGCGGACGAUGCCGAUGACGAGGACGAGACCGCCGGCGCCGCCGAGAGCUCGACAGCCACUGUGGAGUCACUGCAGGACCUGUGGGAAAGCCCGGGCCCCGCCCAGAGCUCGACGGCCGCGGGCCAGCCUGCGCAGAGUGCUGCGGCGGACGGCCCGAUCGCCGCGGACGGCGCGGACAGCUCGGCCUCCACGCAGGACACGGCCGCCGCGGAGAAGGACGCCGCGGGUGACUCCGGCGCGUGGCUGGCCGCGGCGGUCAGCGCGGAGACCGGCGGUGCGGACGGCUCGGCCGCCGCGGACGCGGCCGACGUCCAGGGCGUCGUGUCCGACAGCUUGGCCUCCGCGGACGGCUCGGCCGCCGCCAGCCAAGUGCAGAGGGAUGCGUCGGACGAUGCCGACAUCUGGCUGGAUGCGGCGGAGAAGCCUGAGGCGGCUGCUGCGGACAGCUCGGCAGCCACGGAGAGCCCCAACGCCACGGAGCGGGCGGAGGAGGGUGCGGAGGUCACGCCCGACGAGGAGAAGGCCCCUGCCAGGGAUGCAGCGGUGCCGCCGCCAAUACGGCAGGAUGCGCCCCCUGCUCACCCGUCGAAGCCGGGCUGCUGGCUCUGGAUGCAGGGCGGCUGCCCGCGCCACCCCCGCCAGUCGCUGCGGGACACCUGGUACCGGGACAGGCGCGGCGGCCUGAGCCACGACACGUGCGAGCGCAGGAUGGACUCUUACCAGAAGUUCUGCGGGGCGGUCAACAUGACCUUCCACUUUGUGGCCAGCGCGCCCCGCUCCCCGAAGAAGGCAGCAUCACCGCCUCCAUCGGUGCAGUCCACGCGGGAGAAGUUCGAGGAUUUCGAGCAGAAGGCAUUAGAGGCAGUGCAGAAGGUCGUCGUGACCUGGACGUCGCCAGCGCCCGCAGCCGCUGCGCCGCCGGCGCCCGCCGGCGACGUGCCCGGCGUGCCCCACGGCGCUCCGCGGUUGCCCUCGGCGCCCGGGUGCUACCUUUGGACGCGCGGCGGCUGCCCGAAGCACCCGCAGAGGUCGAAGCCAGCCAGCUGGCAGAGGGACAGGCGGGGCUUCAAGGACGCCUUCGGGUGCUCGCAGAGGAGGGACACCUUCGACAGGUACUGCGGCGGCAACGGCACGGUGUUCUUCUACCGCUCCCAGGCCUCCCAGGACAACGCCUCCGCCGACCCGGAGCCGGCGCCGUCCGAGCUGAUUCCGCUGAACAUGUCCACCGGCAAGUACCCUCAGAUUCCAAAAGAAGCUGGCUGCUACCUCUGGCUUCACCACGGUUGCCCGAAGCACCCGCACAGGGAGUACAAGAGCUCCUGGUACAACGACAGGUUCGGGUCCGACGGCUGGCAGGCCUGCUCGGAGAGGAAGGACAUCUUCGACAGGUUCUGCGGGACGGACUCGACGGUCUUCAAGUACAUCGGCGCGGAGAGCGCGGCCGGGAACACGACGGCGGCCGCGCCCUCUGAAGAGGCGACGCCAGCGCCGGCAGCCCAGGAGGAGCCCGCGGCGGCGCCGCCCUCCACGACCGUCGCGGCGCCGCUGGACGUCCCGCGCGUGCGCCCGCCGGUGCCGCGGGAGCCCGGCUGCUACAUCUGGCUCACCAACGGCUGCCCGAAGCACCCGCACCAGGAGUACAGGAACGACUGGAUGCGGGACAGGUCGGGGCAUGGAAGCUACACCUCGUGCUCGUACAGGAAGUCCGUCUUCGACACGUUCUGCGGGGUGGACGCGACGGUCUUCGCGUACGUCGAGGAGACCACCUCGGGCAUGCGCGUCGUGUCUUCCAGCGACCCCGAGCUGGACCGCGCCGAGAUCGAGACCGGACCGUCCCGGCAGGACAGCACAGACGAGGCGGCGGCGGAGGCGCCGUCGACAACACCGGUGGUGCCGCUCGGAGUCUCGAGGUGGCGCUCUCAGAUCCCGCAGGAGCCCGGCUGCUACGUUCUUCUGAAGAGCGGUUGCCCGAACCACCCGCACAAGGUGUACGACGGCGUCUGGUUCGCGGACAGAUCGGGGCAGGGAAGCCAUGACGAGUGCACGAAGCGCGCGGGCAUCUUCGACGCGUUCUGCGGGGUGAGCGACACGGCCACCGCAUACGUGGUGCAGGGCCCCACGGGCCUGCGCAUCGACUCCGACGGGCUGGGUGACGAGGACGCGGCCGCGACGAAGCCCGAGCCGGCCGCGGACGAUGCCAACACGACUGCGUCGGAGGAGGACGAGUCCGACCACCCAGGCGAGGACGUGGAUGGCCCGAAGCCCGAGCUGGCCGCGGAGGGGGUCAACGCGACUGCAGCGGAGCAGGACGAGUCGGACCACCCAGAGGAGGACGUGGCGGCGCCGCAGCCCGAGCAGGCCAACGCGGCCGCCGAGGCGCAGCCGGAGCAGGAGGACGUCUCCUUCUCCCACGGGGACGACGAGGUUGGCAGCGACACCGGCGAGGACCAGCCGGCCGAGCAAGCCGCGGCGGAGGAGGAGUGGAGCGACGAGGCUCUGCCGGUCGUGGCCGACGACGCACAGGGCCCCGAGGCCGCGCAGCGGGAGCGGAGGGCCCAGGAGGCGAGGGCCGCCCGCGAGGCGGACGAGAGGGCCGUGCGCGAGGCCGAGGAGGAGAGCACGCGCGAGGCGAGCCAGGCCAACGAGGAGAAGGCCGAGCGCGAGAGGGCGCUGCGCGAGGACGAGGAGCGGGCCGAACGCGAGGCGUUCGAGCGGGCCGAGCGCCAGCUGCAGGAGAAGGCCGAGGCCGAGGGCGAGGCGAAGGCCGAGGCCAGCGAGGCGGCGGCGGCGGAGGGCCCGCAGGGGGCGGCGAGCGAGGGCUCCGGGGACGAGGCCUACGACAAGCCCUUGUGGGACGUCUCGAGCGCCGAGCGCAACGCCUUCGCCAAGGCCGCCCAGGCAGCCAACGAGAAGGCCUACGAGCAGACAGGACACGACGCCUACGAGAAGGCCUACGAGGAGGCCACGUCGGCGGGGGAAGCGGACACCUCGGACGAGGUUGGCGACAACGCGUCGGCCUACGAAAAGCCCGUCUCGAACGCCGAGCUCCACGAGUUGGCGAAGACAGUGCGCAAGGCCAAGCAGAGGACCGGGCAGGAAGACGCAGCGGACGAGGGCGCCAACAGCACCGAGGAGUGCCCGCUGUGGUGCCGCAGCAGCAGGCGUGCCAAGCAGCAGUCGUGCAGCUACGCGCGGUGCUCUUCCUGCCCGAUGUGUGCCUCGAAGGAGGCCGAGGAGGGCAACGUCACAGGGGAGGCAGCCGCGCCAGCCAGGCCGCUUGAGGCGGCGGGUGAGGCGGCCGAGGCGGCCGAGGUGCAGACGAGUGAAGCCGAGUCGUCGCCAGCCCUGCCCGAGGAGACUAUUGAUAGGGCGCCCGAGGAGGCCAGCGAGCGAUGGUGCUCAGAUGGCGGCGGGUGGAGAGGGAGGAAACGCCGGCAGCGCAGGCCAACGACACGGAGGAGAUGA